UUCAGGUGUGUGAGUAUUCUAAUACUGUUUGCUAUGAGCAGGAAUCCAUUUUCGGCUGUAGCUUGCUUCAUCGUGCCUUGUGCUUCCUGAAAUAGGCUCCAGCUGCAUUAAAUCUUAUUUUUUUGGGGAAAAAAAUAAAUAGCAUACAAGGAACAGGAUUGACACAAAUAACAGAUCCCAUUCCCCUGCAAGUUACAAGACAUUUUUUUAAAUAGUUUUAAUGGUUAUGAAAUCUAUCUUUUGUGUUUAUUUUUUAAAGGUAGAUUUAAUUGCGUAUCAAUUGUCAAAAAUAUACGAUCCAGCGAAUUUAGAGAAAAUCUAAUGAUUUUUCCCCCCCUGCCUUUCUUUUACGCACGUUCUGUUGCUGGCUUGACGCGUUUCUUUGGAAAGAAAACCGAAAGUAAUACUGAAUGCAAAGUGAUAUUAUGGGCGGUUUAGUUUCUCGUUAUGAGUGCGACCCUCAUAAGCGGAAGCAGCUCUUGUCGUGAAUAGCAUGUGAAUACUACAGGGCUGGAUGCGAUACUAAUGUCCCACCUCGGAAAGAGCUGUUAUAUUCAAAAGCUGAAACAAAUCAUCUGUCAUCUUAGUGGCCCAAGAUACGAAGUUAUUUUGUGAGACAGGAACUGAACACGUCCUGAAUCUGAGAGACGUAUCUGGGAAAUGAACAGGCCCGGUGGGCAGAGGGGUAUCGCUAGAGCAAAUGUUGAGCACCAAGAAGGUGCUGGAGCUGCCGUGAGAGAAGAUAACUGGAGACUUCCCCAGGGUCAAGGAGGAAGGGGGAGAGCCAGAGGAGACGUCAGAGGGAGGAAUUUCAGGGGGCAGCAGAAUGAUAGGAGGGAUGGUAACUGGCGAAACAGAGGAGACCUCGGAGGGUUGAAUUUGAGGGGGCAGCAAGAUGACAGGAGGGAUGACAAUUGGCGGAACAGAGGAAACAGGGAGGAAAAUCCAAGGAGAGGGAGAGGGAAUGGAGCUUGGGAAAGGGGCAGAGGGGGCAGGAGAGGAGGGGGGCAAAUGAGAGGGGAUGCACCAGAGGUCAGGAAACUAGGGUUGAGGAACCUGGAAGAACUCUCAAAGAAAGAGGCAUCAGAAAUGGCCAUUACUCUGUCAUCCAGUCAGGGGCUGCAAGUCUUGCUAGAAGAGAUGGAGAUGGGCCACAAUCUUGUCCAACUGCUCUGUCAGGUUCUUAGCCAUGCUCUUAGCUCUAAAAUUGACCGGCAAAUUGUGCAGCACUUAGCAGGAGUUAUUAAAGAUUCCAUGUUUUUACGGACAAUACUCCCUCACUACGUAGCUGGGAUGAUGACAGACCAUAUGCCAGCCCGCAGGAUGCAAUACCCACAACACUUAGAUAACAUAAUCAGUCUUCUGUCACAUGUGAUCAGGAUAUUCCCAGCAAGUUCUGUUCCGGUGGUCUCUAUGCUUGUGACUCUCCUCAGGCAAACCAUUAAUGAGCUACGAGCCUCGGGUGUAACUAUCCAGGAAGACACUGAGCAAAACCUGGAGAAGAUACAUAAUUUGGUUAACCAUCUAACAGAAAAAAAACGGGAUGGCACUCUGAGGUCAGACAACUAUACAUUUCUCACAGCAGAGGAGUCCCCCCCUGGAGUAGCAGAUUUCCGCACUAUGCCCAUUUAUCCAACACCCGAGGAGAUCCAUCAGAAUGAGAAGCCUUUCUUACGGCCUAAUAUCACAUCGCAGGCUUAUGCUAGUAGUGAGAUCUACCUGGAUACCCAUUUUCGACUUCUCCGCGAGGACUUUGUCCGGCCUUUGCGUGAGGGAAUAAAGCAACUGCUGGAGUUUUAUCAAGAACAGGAUCAAGGCCAAGUGCACAUGAGGGGAAGACGUUUCAAUGACAUUAGGAUCUACUUUGAUACUCGUCUCGUGGUGCCUCUGUGUACCCCAUCAGGAAUUGCCUAUAAGGUCCAGUUUGACGCAAGCCCUUUAACGUUUGUCCGCUGGCAGAACUCCAAACGGUUACUGUACGGCUCCCUGGUUUGCCUGUCCCAUGACAACUUUGAGACGCUGCUGUUUGCCACCGUGUCAGACCGCGUUCCAGAAGAUCUUCAGAAGGGACUGGUGCAGCUCAGCUUCUCCCAGGAUAGUCGCAUGGUGCUGGCCGAAGUCCAGGUGUCUGCUUCCUUCCUCAUGGUGGAAACCACGGCCUACUUUGAAGCCUAUCGCCAUGUGCUGGAGGGUUUACAGGAAGAAGAUGCAGAUCACCUGCCAUUUCACAGGUACAUAGUUGAAUGCAAGUCGGAGAUACAGCCUCCUGCCUACCUGACCAUGGAGAAGACACUUGACCUGGGGUGUAUAGCAGUACAGGGCUUUCAGAAGAACCUCAAGCCCUUCAGAGCUCUGGAGCCCAGUGCCUGGCCUGACAUGGAGCAGUUAGGUUUAGACGAGUCACAAAUGAAUGCCCUCAAACUGGCUCUCACUAAGGAAGUUGCCAUCAUACAGGGACCUCCAGGCACAGGAAAAACCUAUGUGGGUUUGAAGAUAGCCCAAGCCCUCUUGAAGAAUUCUGAUAUGUGGUCAGAUUUGGUCACCACACCUGUGCUGGUUGUCUGCUACACUAAUCAUGCACUGGACCAGUUCCUGGAAGGAAUUCAUGGAUUCCUUCAAAACGGAAUUGUGAGAGUGGGUGGCCGCAGCAGUAGUGAGGUCCUCAAGCACUUCACACUGCGGGAGCUAACAGGGGCCGCUGAGUUCCGCCGCAACCUGCCCAUCCAUUUACGCCGUGCUUACUACGAGAUCAGCAUGGAGCUGGCCCAGGCAGAGCAGAGGAUUCAGGAGCAGGCCAGCCAGCUGGAGUGUAGCCUACGCGGGAUUCUUCAUGAGCAAUACCUGGAGAGGUUUAUCUCUGAAGAUCACUGGAACAGCUUGAAUGUGAACCCUAUGUGGGAUGGAUUCCAGAUCAGUGGGAAGAAACAGUCUGUGAUCCUAGGGUGGCUUGGCCUUGGUUCUUCUGCCUUCCAGCAGACAACACAGCAGAUAUUGGAUAAUGCUGAAGAAGAAGAGGAGGAGCCUCAUCAGGAUGAGGAAGAGGAGUUGGUGGAUGUGGAGGAAGAGGCAGAUUUGAUCCAAGCUGAGCGGAUCCUUGAGGGUACGGACUUCCAUGACAGAGGCACUGCCAAGAGGAAGAAGAAAGAGGACCUUGCAAUGGUGGAGUUAGCCAGACAGAUGUUGGCAUUAAACCUAGAGAACAUCGAACAAGAGCCCGGUCAGAUGCAGGGUGACUGGCAGGUGCCGCGAAUCCAGAAGAAGAAGAUGAAGCAGCGAAUUCGCAGGGAGCUGGCAAAGGGCACAAUCAUGAAUGAGGAAGAUGAGGCCAGGAUCCAUAACAUGUGGGCACUCAAUCUGCAAGAGCGUUGGAAACUGUACAGGCUCUGGCUAAUGCGCUACCGCACAGACAUGCGUGCCCGGGCCCUGCAGUCUGAGCAAGCUUAUCAAGAAGCAGCUGAGCGGCUGGCCGAGAUUCAGUUGCGACGGGACCUGUGCGUGCUGCGGGAGGCGAAGGUCAUAGGCAUGACGACCACCGGUGCAGCCAAGUACCGCCGGAUCCUGCAGGAGGUGCGCCCUCGCCUGGUGAUUGUGGAGGAGGCCGCUGAGGUGCUGGAGGCCCACAUCAUUACCACCUUGAGUCAAGCGUGUCAGCACCUCAUUCUCAUUGGAGAUCAUCAGCAGCUACGUCCUAGUGCCACAGUCUAUGAACUAGCCAAGAACUUCAACCUGGAGGUGUCGCUGUUUGAGAGGCUGGUCAAACUUGAUUUCCCCUACGUUCGACUCAACUAUCAGCAUCGCAUGAGACCAGAAAUUGCUCAGCUUCUCACUCCACACAUCUACUCUCGACUUGAGAAUCACCCCAGUGUACUGGAGUAUGACAACAUCAAGGGGAUACUUUCCAACUUGUUCUUUGUGGAGCAUGAAUUACCGGAGGAGGAGAUUAUAGAUGGACACAGUCACAGGAAUCGACAUGAAGCUCUGUUUGUUGUGGCUCUGUGCCGCUACCUGCUAUGCCAGGACUACCAGCCAUCGCAGAUCACCAUUCUUACCACCUAUACAGGGCAGCUGCACUGUCUUCGUAAACUUUUGCCUGCUGCUCAGUUUGCUGGGGUUAAGGUUCACGUGGUGGACAAGUAUCAGGGCGAGGAGAACGACAUCAUCCUGCUGUCCCUGGUUCGCAGCAACCCCGAGGGACGCGUGGGUUUCCUGCAGAUCGCAAACCGGGUGUGUGUAGCGCUGUCUCGAGCUAAGAAGGGUCUCUACUGCAUCGGGAACCUGGGAAUGCUCGGCAGAGUUCAGCUGUGGAGCAACAUCUUGCACACCCUCCGGGAGCACGGCCGGGCGGGUCGGCAUCUGAUGCUGUGCUGUCAGAACCACCCUGGGACGCGUACCCCCGUUUCUUGUGCCAAUGACUUUAAGAAGGUGCCGGAAGGGGGCUGCCAGAAGCCGUGUGACUUCCGCCUGGCCUGCGGCCACGUCUGCACGCGUGCUUGUCACCCUUACGACGCUGACCACAAGAAGUUCCAGUGUCUGAAGCCUUGUACGAAGGUUCUGUGCCAGAUGGGGCACCGAUGUCCUGCAUUCUGCUUCCAGGACUGUCCAGAAUGCCCUGUACUACUGGAGAAAGUCAUCCCGACGUGUCAGCACAAGCAGAUGGUGCCAUGCUAUCAAGACCCUCAGCAGUUCAUCUGCCAGGAACCGUGCAAGCAGACGCUGGAGUGUGGCCACUCCUGCGACAUGGUGUGUGGGAUGCUCUGCACCACCCGCUGCAUGGUGAACGUGAAUAUGGAGUUGCAAUGUGGGCACCACCAAAAGGUACCCUGCUACUAUAUUAGCAGCGAGGUGAAAAGGCAGCCUAACUGCCACAAGAAGUGCAGUGAGAUCCUGAAGUGUGGGCAUUCUUGCUCGGGCACGUGCCACAAGUGCAACCAAGGCCGCUACCAUAAGGCCUGUGACUUUCACUGUGGUCGCCCUCUCAUCUGCUCACACAUGUGCCAAGAGCCCUGCGUCAGUGAGUGCCCGCCUUGCCAGCAUCUAUGUGAGAACCGCUGUGUGCAUAGUGCCUGCCCCAAGGCCUGUGGCCAGCCCUGUGCACCCUGCAAGGAACCCUGUGCUUGGCAGUGCCCCCAUCAACGCUGCACCAAACUCUGCCAUGAGCCGUGCGAUCGGACUCCGUGCUUCAGGAUCUGCACCAAAAUGCUUCCUUGUGGUCACCCAUGCAUCGGACUCUGUGGGGAGACUUGCCCUAAUAAAUGCCGUGCAUGUCAUCAUGAGGAACUGACAGAGAUAUUCUUCGGUACGGAAGAUGAUCCCCUUGCCCGCUUCAUUCAGCUGGAGGAUUGUAGACACAUUUUCGAGUCGUCUGCCUUGGACAAAUUCAUGAAGGAAGGAACAAAUGAUGACAAUGCAGGCGAUCGAAACCAGCAGGCCAUUCGGCUUAAGGAGUGCCCCAGAUGUCGUACACCCAUUCGGAGAAACUUGCGGUACGGAGCUCACGUCAAUCGUAGCCUUGCUGAGAUUGAGAAGGUGAAGGCAGUGCUGAAUGGCUCUCCGGAAGACAUAGAAAGGCAAAGAAAUGUCCUUCUGAAAAGUCUACAGACAAUGGAUGUUCUAUUACUGUACAACCCACAUAAAUAUGAUCUUGUUAUGAAGCAGUUAAAACAGAAUGACUUAACAUUACAGAUUCUAUGGAGAAUUGAAAACAAAAUGAAUUUCCUAGACAGGCUGACAAAGCUAACACGUAUAAUGAAGAAAAACAUGUCUCGGGAGUAUAGGGAGUAUUUUUCAAGCCGUAUUCAGGAAUGCCUGGAAUGGCUUUGGGAUCCUAGUCAAAAAUUCUCAGAGCAGCAGUUUUCAGACCUUCAGAGUGAGGUACAGAGGCUGACCUUCUUGGCCGAGCUUAACGUGUGCUGCAGCAGGGCCGGAGACAAGGCGAAAAACACUGACGUCACAGUGGAGGAGCAGGUCCUAAGGAAGCUCCUGGAAGGAACAAAGCCUUUCACUCAGACAGAGGAGAUGCGGGCAAAGCAGGAACUGGAUGGGCUGAAGGAGAAGUUGUCUUGUAAUGAGCUGAACAUCACUGAGGAGGAGAGGGUGAUGAUUGUGGAAGCCAUAGGUCUGCCCAAAGGUCACUGGUACAAGUGCCCCAAAGGUCAUGUUUACGCCAUUGGAGAUUGUGGAGGGGCAAUGCAGGAAAGCAAGUGUCCAGAAUGCAGUAGCACCAUCGGUGGCACCAACCAUGCUCUUGCCAGUGGAAACCAGGUGGCAUCGGAAAUGGACGGGGCCCAGUACUCUGCCUGGUCGGAGGCUGCUAACUUACUGAAUUUUGACCUGAGGUUAUGACCUGAGAGGCCUGCGAUGCAUUAGUCAUAAUUAGCUACAACAAAGCUUGGCUAACAUCAACGAUUGUAUAUUAGCAUAGCAUGGAAUAAAAUUAUGAUGAUUUGUCUGACAAACUGUGAGCGUAGCCAUUUCUCUCCUAAAAUCACCCCAAUAUUUGCAGAAACCUUCUGUACACCCAUGAAUUUUUCUCUUGACCAUUAUUCCAUCUUGUUUGGCUAAUUAAUAUCUCACUGAGUAUAUGGAGUACAUGGAAUGACUGGGGAGAGGUUUGGGAACCAUAAUGAUGUUCUUCUAGUUAUCUAACAAGAACAGAAGACAUUUUAAUGGGGUACUUUCAUUUCCAUAUGUUCUAAAGCUGGUGUUAGGGCAUUGGAGAACUGGACACACUACAAUAUAUGCCAUAUAAGCUGUAUAUACUGGUCUAGUGUAUUAGUGCAAUAUACGGGGUGCCCUAAAAGUCUUGUUUUAAAACACAUUAAAAGCUUUAUAAGAAACAUUAUGAAAAACAAAAGCAUUUGAAAGUUUAUUUAUUUAUUUUUAAUGCUAAUUAAUAUUUAGCAAUUUGGGCUAAUUUUUUAUUUUAAUAUUGAGUUUCUGGAUGACGUCAGACCAGUGUAUUGGUAGGGGAGAUCCAUGCUGUUGGGUCACAUUAAAACUGACAUGUAUGCAUCCAAACGUCCUGCUUUGGAUGCAAUUAAGGCUACAAUUACAAAUGCAAUCCAUUCAGUCACUAAGCAUCAGCUGAUGAAAGUUUCUACAAACCUCAAAAAUCAACUAGAGAAAAUCGUAUAGCACAAGACAUUUGGACAUUUAAUAAGAAAAUGAACAAUAUUUUUUAAAAUGUAAGCAAUUAUACUUUCAAAUUUUUUUCUUUUGUUAGUUUGUAGCAUUUAUACUUUAAAUGUUGUUAAAGCUUAAAACUGCAUUAAGAUUUGUUGGACAUCCUGUGUACUAUUACACUGAUGUUGAUUGAAUUAGUCAUAACUUACAUCAGUAUGCUUUGCAAAUGAGCUAUUAAUGAUAUAAAUUUAUUUUUUGUUGCUUAUCAGUUCAUCUUCAUGUUUUAAAAUUAGCUGAGCAUUAAUACAUUAGACCGAAUAUGAUAUUCAAUCAAUAAUCAAUACAGUAGUGCCUUCAAACUUUGUGUUUCCCACUAAGAAUGCUUAUUAAAUAAAUGAAUAUGCAAAAGUGAACAUUA